CAGCAGCACCACACACACGAUAUGCUCGCCAACGCAAAUUCACUAUUCCGGCUGGGUUCGGAUCCGACGUUUGAGAGAAGAUUUUCGGGACCUUUGCAGUUGCAGCAGGAUUUCCAAUGGCGUGCCGGCUGGGGUGUUCUCAAGGCCAAUAUGCUUUUCGUGUACAAUAAAACCGAAGAGGAGACGUCGGCUCCUCCAUUUUUACUACUAAUUAUUGAAGACUGUUUUAUCGAAUUAUGUGAUGAGAAUAAGAUUGGCAAGGAUUUCACUUUUGAAAUCAAAUUCAAAUCAACUGCUCGAAGCUUCAUCUUCGCCGCCGACUCGUUCAAAUCGCUGGGACGUUGGGUUUCGCUGCUCACAAUCUCCCCGAUCGACUAUAUACAGCUCUCGAAACAAAGUUUUCAUGAGCAAAUCGAGCAAACUCAGAAGAAAGCGAUGAGGGAUUGAUUUUUAUACAUUUUGCACAUUUUCACUGUGAUAUUUUGACUUAUUGAUUAUAAAUCAUACAUUUUU